AUGCUAUGCUUUCAAGUUCAUCGAAAGCUCGUUAGCCCAGAUUCUAUCCCCUUGGAUCCAAGAUGGAGUCCCCUUCUGGCACCGUACCUCGAGAACGGCCUGAUUCAUGCGACGAAGUACAGCUCUGGGGAAAUCUGCAGGCAUGUUGCCUUUUUCAUCCAUCAUAUUGGUCCUCAUUUGGGUCCUGGUCCAUUGCUUAAAGAUGGCUAUCAACCGCAGUAUCCGUCGUCCAUGACCCGCGACCUGCCGCUGUUUGAGCUCAGUGUGAGCUGGAAAUAUCCAAAGCAACAAGGCAAGGCAAUUGUUCGAUUUGUCAACGGGAUCAUUCCUCCAAAUAGAGAGAGAACUCAGAUCUGGAAAGCCGUCUCUCACACCCUGGAAGCCUGUGAAGCCACCAUCCACCCUAGUACUUGCUCCCAAGGCGGUCCAUCCUCUACCUUUAUCGGCUUCGAGUUAAAGGAGUCCGUCAUGAGCGGUAAACUUUACUGGCCCCUUCCCUCAUGUCUUGAUGUCCCUGGAGUCAUAAACAUAGUGGACCAGGUAUUCAGUGCCAGCUCUGCAGUCUUCAGCGCAGCCUGGCACCAGAUCCGCGAGCAGAUCCGCACUCAUCCUGACACUCUGAUACCGUGCAUGAUAUCCAUUGACGCGACGGCCAUUCCAGACCCCAGAAUCAUAAUCUACGUGCGCCGUGACUUCCAGAACGAGCGAUACUUUGGCUCAUGGGAACAUCAUCUCCGCUUCAAUGACUGCGUUGCCUAUUUAGAGAACUUCCGAUCAAUUUGUUGUGGUCUGUGGAAUGCGCUGGCAACAAAUCCACCCGAGUGGGCCCAGUCGCGGCCAGACGCAGGAUCAAAGAUCUCGAUGUUUGCAAAAGAACUUGGGAUUCGGCCAAUCCUCAUUAACACAAUUACCCGCAUAUACGAGUGGUACCACCUUUCUGUGGGCUUCGUGGAGAUCCGGACGGAUAGUGAAUAA